UCACACGGCAUCACUCUCAACAAGGUUGUCUGCGAUAUCUCCGCACUAGAGUUUGCUUGUAGCCUCUCCGACGUGGCCGUUUCGCGGGUAAAGACACUCGGCGGGCUAAUGUUUGAGAAGCCCUUCGACCGCAGCAGGGUAUAUCGCGGGACACUAUCCCAAGCUGUGAGGGUAAAGUUGUUCGAUCACGAUAACAGG